CCUCACCAGCCAAGGGAGGGAGAGGGAGAGACGGGGAAGCCGCCGCCGCCGCCACCGCGCCUAAGCCGCCGAGGGCGCACGGGCGCGCACGACGCUUGUGCCACGGAGAAGCCUCGACGGCGUCACCUGAUCUAACCUGGCGGCUUGGCUGUCGGAGGAGGCAGCCCGAGAGGGAAGGGCUGGGCUGGGCUGGGCUGGGAGUACCGGGAGGGGUGGAGGGAAGGGAGAGAGAGAGGAGGAGGAGGAGGGCGAGGGAAGCGAAGAGCCGCCUCCUGACGUCUGGAACCUGCUGUGCAAGUGAGCGCAGGCGGCGGUGGCGCUCCUUGUGUCCUUCCUCCCCGGGGCGAGAGAAAGGACGAUCCCUCGGUGCGCGGCCAUGGCAGAAGCCCAGCAGCGCCGGAUCCGGAGAGGCUAGGGGAGGCUGACCCCUGGGGCUUGGAUCGGGCGCCCCGCACCUGGCGCAGCGCUGGAGGGCGGAGAGCCGGAGGCUGCCACGCCGGGAUGGUGAAAAGUUGAAGUGCCAAACACCAAAAUGAGUGUGACGUCAUGGUUUCUGGUGAGCAGUGCAGGCAUUCGCCACCGGCUCCCUCGGGAGAUGAUAUUUGUUGGCAGAGAAGACUGUGAGCUGAUGCUCCAGUCUCGCAGUGUGGAUAAGCAACAUGCCGUCAUCAACUACGACAAGGAGAAAGAUGAGCACUGGGUGAAGGAUUUGGGAAGCUUAAAUGGGACUUUUGUGAAUGAUGUGCGGAUUCCAGACCAGAAGUACAUCACGCUAAGACUGAACGAUGUGAUCCGUUUCGGCUAUGAUGCCAACAUGUAUGUGCUCGAACACAUCCAACACAAGGUCCCAGAAGAAGCACUAAAGCAUGAGAAAUACACCAGCCAGCUGCAGAUGAGCUUCAAAAGUGCAGUCAUGAAAAGGGUAGAGCAGCCUUUGGAGCACGGCGGAGAGACCGAGUCGCCCCAAGCGAAGCUGGAGAAAGGCGAGAAGAAAGCAAUUACAGAGACGACAACUACUUACCGCACACCCCUUUACGGCCAGCCAUCAUGGUGGGGGGAAGAUGAUGAAAACAAUAAGUUGGAGUCAGCAGAUGACAGAAGGCCAGAAGAGCCGUAUCCAGAGAGAACAAAAGACACAGGUCAGCACGGAGAGGAGAUCAAUGGGAACAUCACCGGCUACAGCGAUCCUCAAGGCGACUCUGUCUACGCCUUCCGAAGGGAGCCUAGUUACUUUGAAAUCCCGACGAAAGAAUUCCAGCAGCCGGUGAAAACUCCAGAGGCCCAGGUCCACGAAAUCCCCACCAAAGACGUUGACGCGGUGGCGCUGCCCGUCGUGCAGAGCCACGCCUCUUUCACCAUAGAGUUUGACGACUGCACCCCGGGUAAAAUAAAGAUAAAAGAUCACGUCACCAAAUUUUCGCUCAGGCAGAGAAGGAACCUCGGCAAAGAAGGGGGCCACGCGGAAAUGAUUUCGGCAGAGAGCAAAGUGGCCGAUUGGCUGGUGCAGAAUGAUCCGAGUCUCAUGAGGAGGCCGUCCCCGGGAGAGGACGUGUACAGUACGAAAAGCGACCUCCCAGUUCACGUCAGGACUCUGAAAGGGAACAGGCAUGAAGAUGGAACUCAGAGCGACUCUGAAGACCCAGUAGCCCCCAAAGAGGAUGAGACACCUAGUAAAGAACAUCUGGCUGAGCAAGCCCGGCUCCAGCGCCAGAUCCGCCGCGACCCCCAGGAGAUGCUCCACAACCAGCAGGCCUUCGUCAUCGAGUUCUUCGACGACGACACGCCUCGGAAGAAGAGGUCACAGUCCUUCACGCACAGCGGCCAGUCCAACCAGAACGACGUGGACCCCGCCUUGAAGACCAAGAUUGAGAAGCGCAAGAUUACCGUGCCCGCGGAGAAACCGGGGAGCUCUGUGCUCUCAUCCCAUCUGCCUGCGGCGGGAACCAAGGGGCCAAGCAACUCUUUCACAGCCCCCAGAGCUGGAUCCUUUAAGCGGGAGAAGACGGAGGAGAGGAUCAGCUCCUCCUCGUCGUCGAGGACCUCUGGAAAGAACCAUGGCAGCGUGGGGAGAAAGUCGAAGAUCGCUCAGGAUUUUGCUGCGGAGUGUUUAAGGGAGAGCUCUCAAGCUGGGAAGGCUAGCGUUGAGAAGCCAGCCCCGACACCGGCACCGUUCACCCCGCGGGUUGUAGCACCGCCGCCGCCGCCACCAGCGCCCGAAAUAGUCCCUGAGCCAGUGGCUGCCGAUCCUAAGUUGGUCAAAGCGAGGAAGCAAGAGGAAGACGACAGCUUGAGUGAAACGGGCACGUAUACCAUUGAGACGGAGUCGCAAGAUAAAGAAGUCGAAGAGGCUCGGAAAAUGAUCGAUCAGGUGUUUGGCGUUUUGGAGUCUCCGGUAUUUUCCAGAAUUUCCCCUGCCUUCAGGCCCAUCAUAAAAGGUGAGAAGGAGGAUCUGGCUCACUUGAUGGGCGAAAAUGGCUCAAGCCCCAAGGUUACCAUGAUGCAGGUCAUCGCUUCCAAAGUUGCCAGUGAACAUCACACGGAGAUGCAGUUACCUCUGGCAUCUCAAGGUGGUCAGAAAUGGGUAUCGAGAUGGGCAAGCCUUGCAGAUAGCUAUACAGACUCAGGAUCUGCUCCUGGAGUUGGGGACGCUCACCUGCAGGGCCCCCUCUCUCAGGCUGGCAUAGAAAAGGACUGCUGUCCCAGAGUGGCAGAGUCUGAGAGCUCCCUGGCGUUACGGACGAGGCGUCUUCUUCCUCAGCUCCCACCGGGUGACAAGCCGGAAAGCCCUACGCCAACCAUUUUGAUUUGUCCAGAGGCAUAUUCCGACGUUUCACCAAGGAACGCUGCUAACAGCCACGUAGCAGAAAUGUUUGUGGAUCCUGCCAGCCGACUGGCGGUCCGGGAAGAUUUGGAUCCUGAUAGCCUUAGUGACGCCAGCAAAUCUGACGACGGAUUUGGCUUGGAAAGACGAAGGAAGAGCCACAACAGCACCAAAACAUUGGAGCAGAACCAGGGAAAGGCGGAAAACGUGAAAGCCAAAAACCACCAGCACACGGUGCCGAAACUUUCGGGUCUGAGAGCAUCCAGCGACCCGCUGUCGACAUCUUUCUAUAUUGGCGACGAUGAAGAGGAAGUCGGGGUUCCUUCGAAACUUCCUCCCAGCAUUUCUCCUACUCAGGCGGAAAAAGAAGAGGCUCUUUUCAAGUGUGGGAAGCCGGCGGCCAAAGGUGUCAGCAAUACCUACGUCAGCUCCAACGGGAAAAUGGUGAUUUCGUUGCACCAGGGGCUUCCGAUUCCGGAGCAAGAAGUUGCGGCUGCGAAAGAAGCGUCGUCCUUUGUCCGGCAGGAAAGCUUUACCAAAGAGAAAUCGAGCAGCAACGUUCCUCAAAACCGGCUGCCGCAUAUCUCAAGCCACCCUCUGCUCAAAGAUCUCGAUGUCACCCGAGCAAAUCGCAUGGACUAUAACCCAGACACCCACCUCCUCCUUAAAGAUACCGAAACUGCUCUGGCCGCCCUGGAAGCCAAAAUACUCUGCCAAACCAACCAGCUCGACACUCUGGAGAAUUCGCCGGGGCAGUUGGAAGACUCCUUGUCCGGAGAAUCUGACGUGGACACGGCUAGCACCGUCAGCUUGGUGAGCGGCAAAAACUUGCCCAGCCACUCGCCGAAGGGCAAAGCUGUGACAACCUCGCAAAAAGAGAAGACUUCUCCCACGCCUUCUGCCCAAGAUCAGAGUCUUCAACCCAGCGCAAGGGAGAGGCUUUCAGAGAAGCGGAAAACUCUUCCGCUUGAGGCAGGGAGCAAAGGCGAAAACGCGAGGCGCUUCCAAGUGAAGCGUAGCCCAGGGACCGGAGGCUCCCUGGACUAUACAGAUGAUGAACGAAGUAGCAGCCUCCCAUAUCUGCCGGCGAAUGAAAUCGCCUCGUCUGACCAUGAGCAAUCCACUUCGAGGCCUAUCUCCAGGAAGAAGCCCUUCUCGCAGUCCACCAAAGAGGAGCACAGCAAAGUGACGCCCACGGUGCAAAAGAUCCAGCAGGUUCUUACCAGGUCCAAUAGUUUGUCUACGCCGAGGCCCACCAGAGCCUCCAAACUUCGCCGGGCCCGGCUGGGGGACACCUCGGACAACGAGAGCGCCGAUACCGAGAAAGCGACGCCUCACCACGAAGGAACGGCGGCGCCUUCCAAGCAGCCGGCGGAGGCCAAGAAGCUGUCGAGGCUCGACAUCCUGGCCAUGCCGAGGAAACGGGCGGGGUCUUUCACGGUGCCGAGCGACUCGGAGAGCGCGCCAACCAGGCCGACGUUCUCCGGGCGCAGCGCAGAGUCGUAUUAUUCUACCCGGAAGCCCCCCGUGUCGGAAGCCAGGAACGCCGCUAGGAAAACGGCGGCGGCAGUUGCUGCUUCGAAGCAGCCUUUCAGCAGGACACGCUCCAGCAGUGUCAAAUACUCCUCUUCUUCUACCACCCAGACGCCCAGGACCCGGGGCUCCGGCCUGAAUAAACAGAAGCACACCAACAGCAGGGAGACGGAAGACGAAGACUACGAUGACCAUGACCCCUACAACUUCAUCGCGCAGACGGCGGAGAUUGCCGAAAUCGCCAGAUUGAGCCAGACUUUGGUGAAGGACGUAGCGAUCCUUGCUCGAGAGAUUCAUGACGUUGCUGGAGAUGGAGAUUCCCAGAGCUCAUCGGGAACGGGGCCAAGCACCUCCCACAGUUCUGUGCCUAACACCCCUGCCUCUACCAUAUCAGCAAGGGAAGAGUUCCAUAUGGACUUUUUAUUGCCUAUUGCUCAUUCAUCUUUGCGGGCAGCAAUUCCAUCUCAGCUGGUGCAGCACAUACCAGAAGCAAGCCUGAACUACCAGAAGGUGCCUCCUGGCUCAACGGGAUUCCACGAUUAUGACCAAAAUAUGAAUGACAGCCGAGAAGAGGAUCUCACAAGGAAAACAAGGAUGAUGAGAAACAGAGAAGAGGUAAUCUUUGACAACUUGAUGCUGAAUCCAGUGUCCCAGUUAUCCCACACCAUCCGGGAACACACAGAGAACCUGGCGGAGAAAAUGAAAAUUCUGUUCCAGAAUACUGAGCGGACAUGGGAGGAGAUGGAGGCCAAGAUUAACUCUGAAAAUGAAGUGCCAAUUCUAAAGACCUCAAACAAGGAAAUCAGCUCUAUUUUGAAGGAGCUCCGCAGAGUCCAGAAACAACUAGAAGUUAUAAAUGCCAUCAUUGACCCAAGUGGAAACUUGGAUGUGCUCGCCAAUAACAAAAUGUCUUCUGCUACAACACAGUCUGUGGCGGCUAAAAUCAGGACUGCUAACAACAUUUCCGGGUCCAUGUUGGAGGCGUUGUCUCCCGUCAAGAAGAGAAAUUACGUGCAGAAAUCAAACUUUGGCUCUGCUAGCCUGCAGGAUGCUACGUUUGUUCCGGAUGGGGAGAAAUACGUGAUCUAGCAAGAAAGUUUUCUGUCGCUUUUCCUCUUGUAUGUAAUUUGCCGUGGUGUUAGUAUUGUGUACGAGUGGUUGUGGGCAAGUCCGUGUGGAGCAGUUGUUUAGAUUGCUAACACAUUGCACAAAAGAAAAGGAAAAGGUACAAUCUCUGCUGUGUGAGCAUGAGUGGCAGGCCUAUGUAUAGGGGUUUUGGAAGGGGGGAAAAUGGACUAGCACUGUGGAACAGCACAUACUCAGCACAGAGGCAGACUCUGGUUUUGGUUUUUUUUUAACAGAAAGCAAGUGAUGCAUAAUUUCUCCAAUGUGCCAUAGCAAACAGGCUUUGCGUAUUCUUCACUCUGUACUGCCGAAGCUCUGAUAUGUUAUUGUAUUUAGCCUGUUUAUAGCUGUCUGUUUUAGUUGUAUAGAGGCUCCGUUUUUGAAAAUGUACCUUUUGGGGGCACUGGCUGGCUGUUGCUGUAUAUUUAAUUUUAAAUACAAAUCGUUAAAUGGUUCAGCCAAAACUGAUUCCCCCCCCCCUCACGCUUGUCAGCUGAACAAUGCACCGUGGAAGUCUUUUCCCCCCCUUUUCCUUUCAGAGAUCCAAGAGCAGUUAACUUGCAAACAUCUCCAAAAAGGAAACCAAGAUGACAUUGAAUCAUUCCGCUUCCAAUCACACAGCUUUUACGAUUCCUCUGGGAAUGAGUAAUAAAGAGUACAGAUGAUGGAGAGGCAGUGAUUAAGUUCGCAUUUUUGAUUCCCUUAUUGUAAUCAGUAAAAGAGAGAGGGGGGGGGGGAGAAAUUCAGGUGCAGAGGAGGCGGCAAAUUAGUCACAAGGUCAGGAUUUUGUAUAGUGAAGUUGCCAAAUUUGUACGAUUUCAUGGCAGUUGUUUCAUAACUAAGUUUUCGGGUGGUCAAAAUGUGUUUUUAAUGCAGUCCACAAAGUCUCCUGUUUACAGCAUAGAAUUCUGAAGGCGCUAAAGAAUUGAGUAUUCCAUGUGUGAGCAAUUAAGAUUUUGAUCAUAACUCACCAUCCUGUGCUUCUAAACCUCAUUGACAUGCGUAGGAAGUUUAAGAGUGUAAGGGUUGAGCUGCUUUUUGCACUCACAGGAAUCCUGCCUUGAGCCUCGUUCCUCACCCUGCGAGGCAUGCUAAAUGGAGGCCUCCUUAAUAGAGCUUGAGGGGUGCAAAUUGAGGAUUGUCUCGUGCUGCCUCCAACUUCCUUCGGUGCUCUCAUGCAGCUCUGUUGAGCCAGCAAGACCCUUGGCUACUCUUUUGUGCUCUAGGAAAUGGCCAGCUUGUCAAUCAUUUGGCAGCUUGUCAAUCACCGAUCGCAGGCACGGCACUUCUGCAAUACCCCAAAAUGCAGGCUGGCAAUAAUGAAAGUUGCCGCAAAUCGUGGUGAAAUUCCAACUUUUUACUGCCUUACGUUGAUCGCAUGAAUGUGGAUUUCGGGAGUCCGUCUUAGAAGCAUCCCACCUGGGGUUUCCAUAGGUGGGUUCAGAGUUCACCCUCGUGUUGUCUCUGUUACCUUAUUUGCUCCCAUUUUGUAUGUUGUGUCAAGCAUUCCUACCAAGAUGAAUGGGGAAUUUGAGCUGGCAAAUCCGGACAAACUGUAAUGGUGAAUGUAUUGCUCUCGCUCUCCCCCUGCAACACGCACAAACAGCUGGAAGCUCAGUUUACUUCAAGCACUAUGGCCAGCCUGUCACUGCUGAAUCCAGAUAUGUGAGCCCUUCUGGCUAGUAAGAAUUAAGUAAAUACAGUAUUAUUGAAAUGAUCUUAUACUUCCACCAAUACAAUCUCGGAUAAGGCCAAGGAUAGUUUUGCAGCAAUUCUGAGGUGUAUGCUAAUAAAAACACAAUUUUUUAAAAUAAUAAUAAUAAUUUUUAAAAUUCAUUAUUUCCCACUCCCACUUGCCAAAUUAGUGCUUGCUGACUGGGAGGGGCUGCACUUAUUGAGAUGCCAGUGAAAUUUUUUUCUAUUACAAUAUUCCUCUUUUGCCUAAGUAGCUAAAAAAAUAAAAUAAGGAACGUGUGUCUUUAUUGUGAAAAAGACAGUACUGAACUAGCUUGGCCUUUCCCAACCCAAUGCUCUGCAGACAUUUUGUGUUACAACUCCUGGGGGUUGAUGGGUGUUGUAGGCUAAAACAUCUGGAAGGCUGGGGAAGGCUAAGCUAGGUGGACUAAUGAUGCAAACCAGCACCAUCUAUGAUUUCUGGUGUUAGAAAGAUAAUUCUUUUUAGAACUGACUUCUGUAGUCUCGGGUUCUCCCCCAGUUAUGUAUACUUAACCCCCAUCUCUUAUGGGACUUAUGUGGGCAAGGAGAGAAGACAGGAAAUCUAAGCAAUUGCAGUUAGAACAUCUUGGGCAUUUGCAAAGAGGUAAUAAUGCUCUUUAUCCUAACGACUAUUUGCUAGGUUACUUUGUUGUGCUGCUUGGUUAACAAACAGGUUAUCUUCAUGGCCCUGGCAGUUGACAAGGAGAAUUUCACUACUCCCCGGUCUGGUUGGGUUCCUGACAAGGUGCAAAUGUGGAGUCAAAUUCUCUUCAUCACUUGCCAGAGUGAUACAGAGGACUGUACAUACAACCCUGCAAUAGCCAUUUAUGAAGCAGUAGGUUUCAUGUAUUCAUCCUAAGUCUGUGAAGUUGUACGCAAAAUGUCUUAAUGCUGCCGGGGUGGAUCUCGCGUCCAUCUUUUUGAAAAUUAGUGGAAUUGAAUGAUUUUCUGGGGGAGGGGCGCUGUUAGUCUGAUGAUCCCCAGCUGCUGUAGAUGGGGGUUAGGAAAGGGGGUUGUGGUGGUUGUUGUUGUAGGUGAGAACCUACUGGUAAUGUGGGUCUGGGGAUAGUGGCUGUAUUCAGUAGAGAAGAUGGCUAGUCUAUUAAAUGGAAUUUGUUUAAAACAAUGCGAUAAGAUGGCAGGAGGCAAAGUGGUCUGGCAAGAGAACAACAUAUGCAGCCUCCCUGUGUUUCUCUAAUGGCUUGUGGAAGAUCCAUGAUGUCUAACUGGUUUUAGUUUUAUGGCAUGUGUCUUUCUUAGAUCAGUUGGUGGUGUACCUUAGAAUGCUGCCAUUGCUGUAGAGACAUAGCAGUAAAGGUUUCCAAAGCUCUUCCUAUUUACAGAAGGACCCAGCAAGUUACACAUUCAGUUAUUUAGGUCAAAUCCACACCAUACAUUUAAAGGGCAUGGCUUUCCGCCAAAGAUUCCUGGGAACUGUAGUUUUAGCCUUUCCAGAGGUACGAUUCCCAUCAAACUGCAGUUCCCAGGAUUCUUUGGGAGAAGCCAUGUGCUUUGAAUAUAUGGUGUGGAUCGGUGGUGUUUGCCAACUCAGCUUAGGGUGCAUCCAGCCACGUUGAGGAGAUGUCAACUGUUGAUCUCGGCAUGUGGUCAGCCGAUUUGUUCCUGUCUGUGAAAUCAAUAAACCACAUGGGUAUGGUGGAGCACAUCAAAUUCACCUAAAGACCUACUUCAGACUGGGUUGUCCCACAAGAGGCUGAGAAGAGGCUGUAACCUGGGCAAUGCUUGUCUGUAUCCACUUGGUUUUUUAGUCUGAGAUAUUAUUAUUUUUGCCUCCCCCUUGAUCAAGUUAUUCAGUAAUAUAUUCCAGGACAUUAUUCCAGGACUUUGAAGUAAUAAGCAAACCCAGAGGAGGUGGCUGGAUCACACAACCGUAUCACUUCCCCAGUUCUUCCCCAUGAUGAAACAGAGAUGCAACACAACUCUUGUGUUUGCCAACACCAAGUCUAAAUUUGAUUCUCUCUUAAUAUAAUGCUGUAUUUUUUUUAACACAGGCUGAGUUUGAACAAGCUUAGAACACUCUUAGGGAAGGAGAAUAGUAUCUGCCAACUUCUUGGAUAUUCCCACAUAGGUUGUAAUGCUUUCAUAGGGUCUACAGAUGUAGACCCAAACUACACUGUAGUUUACCUUUUUUAAAAAAAUAGAUAAAUCUGGGCAGUGGUCCUGUCAUUCAGGUCUAAAUGUGAGGUACAUUUUUGUGCACACAUGCUAGGCAGAUACUACAUUUACAUGUGGAUAUUCUCUUGACUCUAGCAUCUGGGUGGCAAAGGGUGAUCCAGUCUGUUUUCCUACUGCACAUUGCAUUACAGGUUAAUCAAAACAGGGCCUGCAGUCUGGGCUGUAUUAAAUUGUCACAUGUAGUUAUGCCAAAGAGGAAACCUUAUGACUCUAAACUCUGUCCAGCUUUGGGUCCCUCUGACAUAUACAUACGUAAAUCCCCAGUUUUAUGCUGCAUACUCUUUGUUAAGUCUUUGUCCUGAUACUUCUUGAGUAGUCCAGAUCCUAUUUACUUUAGGGUUUCAACUUCUGUGGUUUCUUUCUUUCCUAGACUGUCUCGGGAUUAAUCCAUUGUCUCAAUGAUCCCUUCCUGUUUUCACGUGUAUUGUCAUGCUCUGUUUUCUUCUUCUUCAAAUGUUUAUGCUAAACAUCUAUCUUUGGCUCGUGAGUUUUCAGAGAAAUAAAAUGCCCAUAUCCCGUUGAAAUUAAGUGGUGAGGUGGGUAUCGGUUUGCCUCAGGAUUCUUUCUGAAAACUGAGCUUGGUUCUAUAUGUUGGGGGCGGGGAGUGAGUUUUAUUUUGGGUAUGUUAACAUGUUACAUUCUUGUUGUUCAUAAUGAUGGAAUGGAUGUAUAUAUCUGAGAGCGAGAGAGUGAGCGCACCUGGUUGCAUUGAGCAUAUAAUAUGCAGCCUGUCACUCUCAUGCUGUUGAUGACGACAAAGCUGAAUUAAGUGGCAAUUCGCAGGACCAUUUUUAACCAGGUCAAAGUCUUUGCACAAGUUUGAAGCACUCUCUUCCAACAAUUUGGCAUGUGCCUAGAUGAUGAGCCCAAGAUGUUUGAGAUUCACUCACCCUGCAGGGUUCUACCCCCACC